AUGCGCGCAACUGGAAAGGAAGGAGAAGUUAAUGGGAAGCUUUUGUGGAAGGUUUCUGAAUUGUGUUCGACGAGUUGGAACGAGGUUUCAUGCCAUGCUGGAGAUGACCUUAUCGUGACACCGUUCGCACAAAUUCUCGCCAGCUUGAAGAGCGUCCGGAACAACUACGUUUGUCUUACGAAUGUGGCGGUCCCAGACAAGAAUCGUCGAUCAUCCGCGGUGAACACUGGAGCUACCGGAGGAAAUGUCUCUCCGUCACAGCAGAAAUCCAUAAACCCCGCUGAGCCAGGAAUGCCCGAGAGAGACCGAGAAUACGUAUUUGGGAAUGCCAGCCGGAAAUUCCCUUCCGCUGCUUCCUCGCGACAGCUGGAAGGAAUUUGCGUCGGCCUGAAUUACAGUUCAUGUUCGUGGGGAGUCGUUACGACUGUCAGCGGGCUGCUUUUCUUCACCCCUUUCUUUGUGGCGUUGCGUUUCUCUCAACUCAACGAGCUAGGUGGCAGUAAAGAGUUAUCAGCUCUCUGA